AUGAGCCGUUCACCGAAUCACUCGGAGCACCGUUACUAUGCUUCCCACUUCCCAGCCAAUGACCCAUACCGAGCAAUGAGAAAAAGUGCAACUCCAGAUUCCAGCGAAAGCAAAGGAGGCGGGGUGGAACACUCACGUACUACUUCCGAGAGUAGCACAGGACGGCUGGCAAAUACAAUACCAUACCACCCAUACGAUGACUAUGAAGAUCCCUACGCCACACGACAAAAAAUGCGACGCAAUGAAAACAUCACAUCUGCUCGAGCCAAUUCAUAUCUACCUUAUUCACAUUAUCGCCAAGAUUCUUUUAACACACGAGGCCCGAUGGCACUUGAAGAUGAUCGAUUACAAAGCUUUGCGACAAGUCAAGGUGCUGGCAGUAAAGGGAUGGGUUCUUUAUUGCAAGAUAACAUGAUCAUGGAUAAAAUGAUGGAACCAGCCAACGCUACCGCUGAUGCUACCAAUGCAAACCGGCAUAAAGCUCACUCUACGGCAUCCAUGCUCGAAUCACUACCUGAAGAGCUCAAGCGUCGAAGAAAGAGACGACGAUGGUGUUGUGGAAUUCGGCCUCGUACAGCGCUCCUUAUCUCGCUCCUAUUUAUUGCCAUUAUUGUGGUGAUUUGGUAUUUUGUAUGGCCUCGAUGGGUAUCCAGUGUACAAUUUUCGAAUGCAAGCCUGACAACGCCAUCUGGCGAGAGCAAUACGACAUAUGAUGCGACAUGGGAGCUUAAUUUGACUGUAAGCAACAAUGAUAAUUGGGUACCUACGAGGGUCAAGAAGUUUUACGUCGAGGUAUUGGAUGGUAAUACCAAUGUCAAAGUUGGUCAAGGAAGCACAGGAUCCAUGGUUCUACCACCCAAGAGCGAUGAAUUGACAAUUUCGCUUCCUGUUCACGUAUAUUACAGCAGCAACAAUCCCGAUGAUGUUACGUUGACUGAUCUUGCAGCAUGUAUUUCCAUCAAUCAAGAAUCCGGUACACAUCAAACGAUCAAUCUUAUCUUUCAGGUCGAACAACAAAUCUAUGGCAUUGCCUGGAAACACACAAUCGAAAUUAAUCCUUCCAUGGUAACAUGUCCCCAAUGGUGA